AUGGGGAUCUUCAUCGUCGUUACCAUCACUAUUAUAUUCACUAUUGCGUACGGUCCUAUGCAAGACAAGAAAGACGACGACUCCUUUCUGGACCGCUCUCGGUUCCGCAGACAUCAUUCCCUGCAAAGGCCAGCCAUCAUAGGUGCCCCUGGCUCCGCUUCAGCCAAGCACUGUCAUUACGUGUCUACGAAGCAUUCAAGGUUUGUUGGUACAGGCUGUGCACCAGCACCAGAAGCAGCGAUGGCGGUUCCCGAUGUGGCCACGCAUCCAGGCAUGGCGGGUGCAUCGUUGAGCAGCGAGGUGCAAUACUGCUACCAGCGGCGAACACGUGUUCACCCACCCUCAAACGCCAUCACGCAGUUCGCACAGGAAAAGAGGCGUUCGGUGGCCGCCAUGAACGUGAACGAACACAACCGGCGCGUUAGCAGCCACCUGGCAAAGCUGUGGCGUCCUCUCCGCGGCGCCGACAAGGAGCCCCUCCAGCCCAAGAUAGCCGAAGCUGUCGCCGUCCACCGAAGGAAGUACCCGGACUACGCGCACAACCCGCGAGAGGCCCACCAGCGCAAGGAGCAGGAGCGCAUUGCCAAGCAGGUUACCAGCAAGCUGAACAUUGACAGUUCCUGGGACAAGGAGCAGCAGCCGCUUACUUCCACGGUCGCGGCCCAAUGUCGAAGCGGCCCGAAGUUCCAGCAGCAGCUGCCGCCAUUGUCGCGGACGCCACGGAGCAAACGCCGUGCUACCAUCAGUAGCCGACAUGCUGACCAUCAGUAG